GUGACAUCACCUGUACAUAAGAAAACAAGCAGCAGGCCCCCCUGCAUGCUCCCUUCCUGAUAUGAAUGAAUGACAAAAAAACGCGUUGUUGGAAGUAGAAACCGACCUUUGAAUCCCUGUCUAAAAUUUAAUUACUGGUUAGAGAAAUCUCCACCUUUAAGCAAUCAACAUCCUCAUAUGUAUAUAAUUAUAUGUAUGCAUCCUACAUGCAUGCAUGCCUGAUCCCCUCUCCAGUACUCCUUUUCUUUCUUUCUUUCUUUCUUCUUCUUCUUCUUCUUCUUCUGCUCCUAGUCACUUUUCUAGUACUGUGAGAAGAUGAGUUACUUCAAUCAGCAACAAGCACCUCCUCCUCCAGUGUAUCCGCCGCCGGGGCAGCAGGCCUACGCUUAUGUGGUGCCACCGCCAGCCGGAUACCCUCCGAAGGACGGCGUCGCCGCCGGUUAUCCUCAGCAGCAAGUCCCCCUGCAGACCAAGGAGCGCGGUCAUCAUGAUGGUUUCUGGAAGGGAUGUUGCGCUGCGCUGUGUUGCUGCUGCCUUCUCGAGACGUGCUUCUGAGAGUUGAAUUAUUGUUAGUUCAUUAAAUAAUGUUGGUGUUACCUUAAUUUGUGUGCUCUUCAUUUCCUUUAAUUUGUGUAAGGGUGUUACACUUACACACCCUCGUCGUUUGUUGAACCAUUCAUAUCCCUGUUAAUUAACUAUUAUUGUUGUUCCUUUAAUUAGUUCUAAUGUGAGCCAAAUAUUAUAUAUUAUUUGUUUUA